AUGGGCGCUGGCGGCCCCCGGCGGGGCGCGGGACCCCCAGACGGUGGCUGGGGCUGGGCCGUGCUGGGCGCCUGCUUCGUGGUCACCGGUUUCGCCUACGGCUUCCCCAAGGCCGUGAGCGUCUUCUUCCGCGCGCUUAUGCGCGACUUCGGCGCGGGCUACAGCGACACGGCCUGGGUGUCCUCCAUCAUGCUCGCCAUGCUCUACGGCACCGGUCCGGUCUCCAGCAUCCUCGUGACCCGCUUUGGCUGUCGUCCCGUGAUGCUGGUGGGUGGGCUGCUGGCCUCGGCGGGCAUGGUCCUGGCAUCCUUCGCCACGCGCCUCCUGGAGCUGUACCUGACCGCCGGGGUGCUCACAGGCCUGGGCUUGGCCCUCAACUUCCAGCCGUCGCUCAUCAUGCUGGGGCUGUACUUCGAGCGGCGGCGGCCCCUGGCCAACGGGCUGGCUGCGGCGGGCAGCCCGGUGUUCCUGUCGGCGCUGUCGCCGCUGGGCCAGCAGCUGCUCGAGCACUUCGGCUGGCGCGGCGGCUUCCUGCUGCUCGGCGGUCUCCUGCUGCACUGCUGCGCGUGCGGCGCCGUCAUGCGCCCGCCGCCGCCGGGGCCCGGCCCGCGACUUCGCCGGGACAGCGCGGACGACGCUCCGGGGGACGCGGAGGCGGAGCGCGGGGGGCUGCGGCUGCGCGAGGCGCCCCCUGGCGGUCGUCCCCGUCGGCGCCUGCUGGACGUGGCCGUGUGCGCCGACCGCGCCUUCGGGGUGUACGCCGUCACCAAGUUCCUGAUGGCGCUCGGGCUCUUCGUGCCCGCCAUCCUGCUGGUGAACUACGCCAAGGACGCGGGCGUGCCGGACGCCGACGCCGCCUUCCUGCUGUCCAUCGUGGGCUUCGUCGACAUCGUGGCACGGCCGGCGUGCGGGGCCCUGGCGGGCCUGGCGCGCCUACGACCCCAUGUCGCCUACCUCUUCAGCCUGGCGCUGAUGGCCAACGGGCUCACGGACCUGAGCAGCGCGCGCGCGCGCUCCUACGGCGCCCUCGUCGCCUUCUGCGUCGCCUUCGGCCUCUCGUAUGGCAUGGUGGGCGCGCUGCAGUUCGAGGUGCUCAUGGCAGCCGUGGGUUCGCACCGCUUCCCCAGUGCGCUGGGCCUGGUGCUGCUGGUCGAGGCCGUGGCUGUGCUCAUUGGACCGCCCUCUGCUGGCCGCCUGGUGGAUGCCCUGAAGAACUACGAGAUCAUCUUCUACCUGGCUGGCUCUGAGGUGGUCCUGGCCGGGGUCUUCAUGGCUGUCGCCACCAGCUGUUGCCUGCGCCGCUCUCGGAACCCCCAGCCCAGCCAAGGCACCGAGGGCGAGGCCAGCGACACCGAGGAUGCUGAGGCCAAAGGGGACUCUGGGGCUCUGCCCACUGGGGCUGAGGAGCCUGGCAGCCUCAAAGCCUGGGAGGUGCCAAGCCCCGGGGCUGGGCCCACGGAACCAGAGGUAGAGGCAGAGCCAGGGCUGGACCCCAAGUCUGUAUAG